UCAAUUCUCAUUUGCAAUUGAUAGCAACAAAAAGGGAUAAUCAAGCAAAGAAAAGACGAGAAGAGACGAACAGAGAAAGAGAAAUGGAGUGUUGUGGGAGGCCAAACCGCAGUGAUAUUCACUUGUCUAAGGAAGAAGAGGCAAAGAUGGAGGAAGAGACUAGAGAGUACUUUGAUGGCUUAGCGCCGAAACGUCACGCUAAGCCUCAGCGCAGCGACUACUCUUCUCAGUAUGUCGAUAUUCUUUCCAAUUGUCACGACAACGGUGUCAUUCCAGAACAACUUGUGUUUCAGCAGCUUCAACAUCAUGAUUCUCAGAAACUGGUUUACAAUGGAAGCCAAGUGAGGGAAGAAUUUGUGGAAACAGAAUACUACAGAGAUCUCAAUGGCAUUGACAAACAACACCACACUACGGGCACAGGGUUCAUAACAGUGGAGAAUGCAAAUGGCAUGAACUUCAACCUAGCAUCUGAUACUGCUACCGAUUGUCAUGCCUCUUGCAAGGCAAACCCAGCAACUAAUGACUGGAUUCCAGCUGCAAAUGAUACGGCGGCUUUCGUCUCUGACAAGCCAAAAAGGAGUGACAAUUGAUACAUGAGGGUGGAUAUGCUGUUAUCUAAAAACUAGCAGAUGUAUUGUUCAUUUUCUAUGCCCUUUCUGUGGGCUUUAUGUGGGAUCUGUGUUUUUCCCACGGAGUAUGGUUGUGUUUUAAGAUGUUUUUGUUCAUUUAAAUGAAACUUCUGGCUCCAAUUUUUUUUCUA